GUGUCCCACGUGCAUGCCGUUCGGAGAACAGCAGGCGAUAGCUGUAAAAUUAUUGUUUUUAGAGUAUGGAAAUAAAGACAAAUUCACCGCUGUAGUUCAUUUUAAGAGGCUUCUUCCAAAUACUUCAUCCGAAUACAGAGAUGUUUGCAAAAGCUUUUCGCGUGAAAUCUAACACUGUUAUCAAGGGAUCUGACAGGAGGAAGCUGAGAGCUGAUAUGUCUGCUGCUUUCCCUUCUCUGUCAGUGGAGGAGCUGAAUGAGCUUGUUCCAAAUAAAGAAGAGCUGAAUAUAGUGAAAAUUUAUGCACAUAAAGGAGAUGCAGUCACUCUGUAUGUUCUUCACAAAAAUCCCAUAUUUUUUCAACUGGAGAAACAACUGUUUCCAACAGUGUACACACUAUGGCGAUGUCCCAAUAUGCUACCAGCAUUCACCACAUGGCCACCAGUCCUGCAGAAGUUAUCAGGUGGAGCAGAUCUCAUGUUGCCAGGUGUAGUGAUAUCCACUAGUGGUCUUCCUGAGGUUAAUCGAGGCGAAUGCUGUGCUGUCACUCUUGUGAUGAAUAGGGCACCAGUGGCUGUUGGCACAGCAGCUAUGUCAAGUGCUGAGAUGAGAAACAGUGAAAUGAAGGGCAAGGGAGUGAAUAUUUUACACACAUACAUGGACCAGCUAUGGGCGUUUGGGGAUAAGACGCAUCCUCCGGUUAUACCUGUCACAAACUCUCCAACACAAGUGGAGGGAGAGGGGGAGGAAUGUGAGGAGGAAGAAGAGGAGGUGAAAGACAGCUCUGAAAAUAUUGCAGUGGAAACGUCUUGUCAAAGCUUGCAGGAGCUGAUGCUGGCUGAAAACGAGGUGUUGAAAGAAGAACCGGUUGAGGAUAAAGAGGGAGAAAACAUUGAUGGAGAAGAGGGUGAUUCUAGAUCUCCACAAGAGCAGAUGGAUGAGUUAUUGUUGCAGUGUUUCCUCCAUGCACUCAAGACUAAAGUUAAGAAGUCGGAACUUCCACUGCUGACCAGCACCUUCCUGCGUAACCACAUGGUGUCCUGCUGUCCUAGAGGAAAGCAACUAGAUAUCAAGAAAUCCAGUUAUAAAAAGCUUUCUAAGUUUUUGCAAAUCAUGCAAAGAGAUUACCGUUUGAUUCAAGUGAAGGAGCUGAGCAAAGGUGUAGAGAGCAUUGUGGAUGUUGACUGGAGAAACCCAAAGUUAUGCUCUUUCAGAGUACCGGAGGACUGUGCACCAGAGAAAGAAUUUGAAGAGGGUGAUGGGGCUUGUGAGGUUGAAUAUCAACCUCCGGAAAUCACACCACUUUAUGGGGUUACUGCACGCCUGGAGCCACUUUUUCAGGAUGCCCACAAAAAAAAGGGGACAUCUCUAAAGGCUGGCGAAGUUAGGAAUAUCAUCACAGAAUAUGUGAAGAAAAAUGAACUUGUCAAUGAAAUAAAUAAGAAUUAUGUUAUCAUUAACCCUACACUUUGUGACUGUUUGCUGGAGAAGUCGGAGUACCAGGAAGUGGAGAUGUUGAAAUGGGAUGAUCUUAUUAGCAGGACUCUCGUCAGGAUGCAGGCGUGCCAUGAGGUUCUAUUUCCAGGUCAGUCUCCUGUGGUAAAGAAAGGACAAAUGGAGCCUAUAGACAUUACUGUGGCCUCAAGGGGCUCCAAUAAGAAGGUUACAGUAAUUAAGAAUCUGGAGGCAUUUGGUUUAGAUCCAGCUAUGGUAGCAGAUGCUCUGCAGCAUCAGGUUCAAGCCAGCUGUGUCCUCCAUGAUUGCCCAGGAGCCAAAAACAGAGUCCUGGUGCAGAUCCAGGGAAACCAGGUUCAACAAGUUGGAAAACUGCUGCUAGAUCGGUAUCAGAUCCCACGGAAAUAUGUGCAAGGUCUUGACAAAGCUCCAAAACCAGGCAAGAAGAAAUAGAAAGCAUCUCACCAGAAGCAUCAUAUGUUGCUUUAACAUGGUAUUGUCUUGUUCUACUACAAGAUAAUUUGUUUAUUAAACAAAUCUUAUUUCA